AGCAGUUGUCCAGUUUCAUUUCUUUGGGGAAAAGGAAGAUAGCCACCAAGCCAAGAGCAUCAUGGAGGAGACGCUAAAAAGCAGAUCUAUAGGAAAAUAUACUGUUGACAGAAACUACAUAAGUUUCGAGUGGGAACCAGCACUCAGUAUUCAAAGCAUCGAUGCGUCAGAAAAAAUGCCCGUAGUUGAAGGUACUGAACUAAGUCUUGCUUGCAUCACUCAAGGAUCCAGUGCAAUGCAGGUACGCUGGUUUAAAGAUGGCGCAUCUAUAAAUGUGCAAUCAUCCUACCGGUCUAUGUGGACAACUUUAGUUCCUAAGAACUCCAAAGAUCAAUAUACAGCUAUACUUGGUUUCGAAAAAGCUCACGUUCUAGAUUCAGGUGAGUUCACCUGCCAAGUAUCGGAUUGGGGAACUAUUCAGAACAAGAGUAUCCAGGUAGCAGUUGUGACAGUUCCACAGCCUCAUGUAACACCUAUCACCUCAACAGUUAACCAAGGAGAUCGGGUAGUCAUCACGUGCCUCUCUCAAGACGAUAUGUAUGGAAGUUUUGGUUAUAACUGGUUAAAAAAUGGACGCAUUCUUAAUCCUUCAGCCGAGCCUGAAAUGGUUGAAGAUUUGUUUCCUGCUGGUAGUCGAAUACUCAUCCAGUCUGCUAGGGCGUCUGCCACUUAUACCUGCAUAAUUACUAGCACUGCAGGAGCUACAAGGAAAGACAGCUUCGUUACAGUUCUGUUGUCUAAAGGAAGUACCCCAACAUGUCCAGCUGAGAAAUACAUGGAAGUAAAUUGGUCUGUAACAGCCGCAAAUUCUGAAGACAUAGAGUUUUGUCCCAAAGGAUACACUGGCGAAGUAAUAAGACAUUGUAAUCUAAAGAAAGACAGUGAAGCUAUGUGGGGAGAGCCAGACUAUUCUCAGUGCCUUUCCCGUGAAUUUUUAGCCAUUAAAGAUAAGUUUGAAAGCCUACGAAUGGGAUAUUUGAUCACGGAAGUGGGCCUCCUGAUGCAAGAGUUGAAGCUGUAUCUUUGGAACAUGAGGGACCGUUUCCAUAUUGCGGAAGGAGAACCGGUGGUCGAUCUUCUGGAAGGACUGCACGAUUAUCAAAGGAAGCACGGAAAGAGCGACGACAGCCAAUUCAAGAAUAAUUCUCAGGUUUUCUUGGAUAUUGUGUCUUUCCUGUUGGAUUCGCCUCAGCUGAUUCAGAAGCAGUCCCAUGUAAUCAAGCUCCAUCAAGAAAUUCUAAGCCACGGACUUUUGCAUGGCUCUUCUGUAACUGGAGAUACCUUCCACAUGUUUCAAAGAUCUGCAUUAGUUUUAGAAGUGGGUCAGGUACAGAAUGAAGGUCAACGUAUACUGAAAUUUCCCAGCAGGAAAUCUACACGAGAUAUUAAGGAGUAUGCGCAACCUACUUGGCUGACAGAUUCCGUGGAGUUGGAUUUCAAUACUUGGAUCGUUGAAAAUUUCCAGGAAUUAAAUGACUCGAUCAGCAUAGCUGUAGUGUUCUACAAAAACUUUUCUGCAUUUUUACCUCAAAGGUUCUUCUCGCGUCAAGCAUAUGGAUAUGGCUCUAUUUUGCAUAGUGGUCUGGACAUGGAAUAUCAACUACACUCCAGACUUGUAGCUGUGGCGAUGCAGACUGGACAGAGGAGACUAGGUUCUCGUUCUUCUCGGCUGAAAGUCAAAGCUCGACUUGCUCAUCUCAACCACACCGUGAACCGUCAAAUUAUGUGGAAUAUUUCUUGUGGCAUUGCAGAUUUUUCUCAGGGAAAUGUCCAGUUUUCCAUGGAAGGUUGUCAACCAGUUCAGACUGGAAACUAUUCCUUGUGUCAAUGCAACCAUGUUGGAACUUAUGCUGUUUUGCUCACAACAUAUGCUCAACCAGAUGAACUGCAGUUCCAGGAUGGAUUUGAAGUUAUUGCUGGAAUAGGUUGUGCCAUCUGUGCCUUUUUUGUUUGUCUUACCUUCUUCAUUCUUCUAGUGUUGUGGAGGAAAAUAAGUGGAGCUAUUACGGCCUUGAAAGUUCAAGUGUGCGUCGCCUUGCUUGGAGCUUAUGCAACCAUUCUAAAAGCCCUUCAUGAAUCCCUCACAAAGGAAUACUAUCCGUAUGUGAUUUCUCUCAUCCAAUUCUUUUUGUUGGCUGCCUUUUCAAUGCAACUCUGCCUAGGCCUUACUGUCUAUAUGGAGUUUGUUGACAUGAAAGGAGUUCGAUACCCGGAGCUCAAGCUUGCUACCAUGGGAUGGGCAAUCCCAAUGAUUGUUGUCGGAGCGACCCUGGCAGCGCAAGUACCAGAAGGAUUCAAACUAAACAGCUGGUGGAUUCAGAUGCAAACAAAUUAUUUUUAUGCUUAUUCUGCAUCUGUGAUUAUAAUAACUGUGCUGCAGAUAAUGUUAGUUAUGACAGUCAAAUCAGAACUUCGAAUGCACAAAAAGCUAGAUACCUCAAAGCAUUCCAAAUCUGUUAACAGGUCUCGAUUACUGAACAGAUCACUUGUAAUUAUUUUAUUCUUGCUCAUGGUUUCGGUUUCUAGCAUCAUGUACAUCAAUUUUGAAGAUGAAAUUUACAAAUACGCUUUCUCGUCUAGCUCUGGUGUGUUGGGCUUUAUUGUCUUCCUUUGCUACACAGUAUGCAGUGAAAAUGCUCAUUCAUUGUGCUCAUCAAGUCAUCCUAUAGAAGAUGAAGACGAAAAACAGGAACCAAGAAUGAAAGCUAGAAGCGGUUCAUUUCAAAGUUUUUUGAAACCUGAGAUCGUAAGUGACACAUUCUGCAGCAGCAAAAUGCCAGAAACAAUUGAAGUGGAUGUGCGGAUGGAAAAACUUCGUAAAUUACGUUUCCAGAUGUGCCCAGAAGAAAUAGAAUGGAAAGAAGUGGAUCAUCUUCUUGUGGAAAAGUCAGCUGCUGCGGCUUCUAUUGUCCGUGACUUCACCGUCCACCAUCAAAGAUCUCCUCUUGUGGUUGCUAGGCCUAAAGAAGUUGUCGGUCUAGGAGAAUCGGGUGAAACCGUUCUAGAUCCAGACGAUCCACAAUGGACGAUGAAGCAAACUAGUGAUGAUCCUCUGUCGCCCCCUUUUGAGCUGCAGCAGUUAGAUGACAGUCCCAGAAGUAGUCAACUGCAUAUCAAAGACGUCCAGGAGAUGGAACCUGAUGGUCAAGAAUGCCAAGCCCAAUUUUAUGAAUUAGGCGUCAUGCAGGAAACACCGCCAGAUAUCCUGGAACCCACCAAGCAGGCUUAUUUUGCAAUCAAUACAUCGAGCCAGCAGGUGCUGGUUAAUCCUUGCCUGACCACUUUUGGUAGCGGAGGUGAGAUCGGAGAGCAAUGCGUCAUCACUACUAGGAAACCUUCUACUACUGACCAAUGUGCCUUAGUGAAUGACGGCCUGAGGACAAGCUCAUAUUCUACUUUCCGGCCACCUACCAAUCCUUCCUCAUGUACAUUUCAAACUCCGUUUGUGGAAGUGCGUAGCAGCAAAGAUGACGAAAGCAAAGAGGCUGUCACUUUUUUUCAAACCUCAGAACAGACUGACAGUCAGAAGCCUUCUUCUCAGUCUAAAACCUCAUCUCCUUUGUUAAAAUCUACCACUGAAAAAUUGAUACCACUCAAGGAUCCAGACAUAGGUGAUGAACCUAUGACUGUAGUAGAUCCUUCUUCGAAAAAGAAGGAUGUUCUUGGUCUUCAAGUAGCUACUCCUAUUGUUCCAUCACUUGAGAAAGAUUCUUCAACCAACGCAUCAGACACAAACUCACAAUCAAAAAAAGGCUGGAGUAUUACCACUGUAUGAAAAGCAUGACUUUUAAAAAACUAUCACAAUGCUUAUGUUUUUGCCUGUUCAUUGUAAUAAAGAAGCGCUUUCCACCGAGUUUGAAUUGAAAAUUCCAUUGCUUUUAUUUGUUAUUUCUCAUAGUGAAGUUCAUUGUGCUAAUGAAAUUUCGUUUCAUACUUUUUCAAUCUAUCUUUCCCAUUCUGUUACCUAACGUGAUCCAAAAAAAUUAAAAAUUGUUUAUUAGCAGGAAUUCCAUUUCCAGGGAAGAAAGUACUGGCUGCACUUGAUAUUUUACGCUUUUCUUAUGUGUAAAUAUAAACAUUAGCAAAUUCUCAUUAGAAUGUCCUCCACGAAAACAUAUUUCUAAAGAAAAUAAACCCUUGCCAACUUUCUUAGUACUUAUCUGCCUUCAAAUUAAUUAUGACGAAUUACUUGUUCUAAACAAGUUCUGUUGAAACGUUUGUUAGGUAAGUAUUCUACACUUACCUGACACAUCAAUAGUUUUAUUAAUCAGAAACACUUAUCAACACUUAUCAAUUUUUAUAAGUGUUGUCCCUGCUAAAUUGCUGCUUAAAUCUUAUUACUCAAUAUUGAUAACAGAAAAUUUAACUAUCUACUUAUCAUUGCAAUUUGAUUUUAUCAAGUUUGCAUUAAAGAAAAGUUGAUCUUCACUUGCAUGUGUAGGCUUGGAUGGCUUUGGUAAAUGUUGACGACAUUUGGAUGCUACCGGCGACAAGCUUAAUAUCGAAGAAAUUACCAUA